AUGACACAGGCGGAAUUCCUUGCAGCUUUCUGUGGGGCGCCGCUGGGGGGCCCCUCGUGGGGGGGCCCCCACUCAGAGGGUAUGCAUCCUUUGUUCGCACUUGGGGUGGAGCCUGCAGUGGAUGUUGUGGGGGCCAGACUGGAGAUGGCUGCUGCAGCAGCGGCAGCAGCAGCUGCUGCUGCUACUGAAAAGGGUCAACUACCGCAGCAACAGCAACAGCCGCAGCAGGAGGCGCGGCAGCAGCAGCCAACGCUGAGUCCAUCUUCAGUAACUCGUGCUGCUAGUCUUUCUCCUGCAGCUACUGCUGCAGCAAACAAACAUAGCUUGUUCAGACUUGGGGAUGAAGCUAGUUGCGGCAGCAACAGCAGCGGUCGCGGCAGCAGAGCCACAAGCCGUCCCUCGUCACCGGCAUUCGGGGGCCCCCCUACUUUCGGAGCGCCGCCUGCAGAUUCAGCAGCAGAAAAGCCAGACACUGUGAAGCUGCAAGAGCAGCCACGGACGAAGCCCACAGAGCAACUCCAGCUGCAGGAAGAGCAGCAGCAGCAGAAACAAGCUCCAGCAGAGUUCGGAAGGAUUUUCGGCCUAGGAGAUGGCGUGGACGCCCAGCCGAGCAGCUGCAGCAGCCAGCCUGCAGCAAAAGCAGCUGCUGCAACAGCGCCAGGAGCAGCAAAAUCCCCAGAAGAGUGUCCUGCGGUGUCAUCUGAGGAUGAGCUGGCUGGCUGCGGAAUGCAAGAGCAGAGUGCGGCUGCAGCAGAGGCAGGGAAGCUCGCAGAUGUUCAGCAGCAGCAGCAGCAGCUUGAGCGGCAGCAGCAGGAGGCCUACAUCGCAGCGAGGACGUGGGAGGAAACGUACUGCGACGGAGACAAACAGCGUUUCCAGCAGCGGCAGCAGGCUCGUGCUGCAGCAGCACUCUCUCUUGCCUGCUAUCCUCCUUCCCCAGACCCUGCGUACCCCAGGCAGUGCCGCGUGAGGUGCCUUCGCAGAGGCUUGGGGACCCCUCCGGGGGCUUCUGCUGCAGACGAGUCGGUGGUGUAUGACUGCUUUAGCUUGAAGGUUAUUUUCAAAAGAAACAGCACGGGAGCCGAUCCCCACAAGGAAAUGGUCCUGCCCUCAGGGGCCCUUUUAGCUGGCAGAUACAGGGUGCAGCAUGAGGUGGGAGCGGCCGCGUUCUCGCGCUGUCUUCAGGGCAUAGACGAAUGUACAGGGCAACGAGUUUGCCUUAAGGUGAUGAAGAACGAAAAGGAGUUUCUGGAUCAAUCGCUUGACGAGGCGUCUGUCUUGCGCUUGCUUCUGGCUAAUGGGGACCCCGACGAGUACCGUUUCCUGAGACUUCUGGACUACAUGUACGUGAGCGGCCACGUAGUGUUGGUGACGGAGUUGCUAGAUGAGGAUCUGUACACCUUCAGCACGGUUUUGAAAAGGCACAGGGAGCCCUCCUUUUGGUCCUUGGGCCGCAUCCAAAUUGCCGCGAGAGAUGUGCUGCUGGCCCUCAAGUUCAUACACCAGCUGCACAUCAUACACGGAGACCUCAAGCCGGAGAAUAUCCUGGCGGUAUUCACGGGGCCGCUGGCGAAGGCGCAGAAGCGCAAGCAGCAGCUCCAAAGACAGCCACAGCCGCAAGCAACAAUGACCAACGCGCACAGCAACAGCGGCGGCAGCAGCGGAUUCGAGUCCGACCUGUUGGACCUCUUUAGGGUGAAGGUGAUAGACUUCGGCAAUUGCUGUUUCACCAGUGAUGAGCUCGUUGUGUACACGCAGUCGCGCUCCUACCGUGCUCCCGAGGUGCUUUUGGAGUUGCCUUACUGUCAACAAAUAGACAUAUGGAGUCUGGGGUGCAUAGUGUACGAACUCUGGACUGGAGACAUGCUGCUGGGCUGCUAUACUGUCCCUUCUCUGCUGGCCAAGAUGGUGGGCCUCUUGGGGCCCCUCCCCAGCUACAUGGCCCGUAGCAGCCCCGUGAAGCACCAACUGCUGGACCCUGAGGGUUUCCUGUACUCCUUCAUAGAUCAUAUUUCAAAUGCGCAGGAAUUUAAGCAGCAGAGCAACAGCAUGCAGCAGCAACCCUCCGUCAGCCUGGACAUGAGGCCCCCAGAAGACACGCUGCUGAACCUUGUGCAGGACCACCUGCGAUCCAGGCAAGGCGGCAGCCCAAGGCAUCCCAGCGGCACCAGCGGCAGCGGCAGCAGCAACAACAGCCGCGUCAUUCGUUUCUUCAUCCCCAAACGCACCAGCCUCCGCCAGCGCCUGCGCUGCAGCGAUGACCUGUUUGUCGACUUCGUCUCAAAAAUGCUCCAGAUUGAUCCUUGCAAAAGAUGGACAGCGGCACAGCUGCUCGAGCAUCCUUUCCUUACCCCAGGGAGAUAUAUAGAUGGCAUUAAGGCCCCCUGA